AUGGCCCAUCAAUCAAAUGGGAACAUCUGGAAGGGGGAUCUCGAAACCGGCCAGGGCGAAGUGUUUGAGCUUGGCGCUCCGGGCCCCGCCGUAGGCCUGGACCACGACCGCCGAUCUGGCUACCUUUUCGUCGCUGGGGGACCUGUAGGCACGGCACGCGUGUACGAUGAGGAUUUCGCUUUGGUCGCAGAUCUGGUCCUGAGUGACGGCAACUCGUCAUUUGUGAAUGACGUCAUCAUCACCAAGACCGCCGCAUACUUCACGGAUUCUUUUCAACCGAAGAUAUACAAGGCAAGGCAACUGCGCCCUUCUUUGAAUGAAUUUCGUCCAAGAGAAUGGGGGCACAGCAUGUCCAGUCGGCAGCACCCGGUGCUCCAAUUCGAGCAAGUUUCCACCGUUUCCAUCGAAGAGAAAAACGUGAACCUCGACAGGGAGACCGGUGCGUUGGUGGAUGGAUUGGCUGUCCACACGCUAGUCCUCAGCGACAACGUUCCCGUGUUGGAAGGCGCGUUCAAUGUCAACGGUAUCGAGGUGAGCGACAUGUCGGAAAGGGCACAGCCCAAAUCUGUGAGAACCAUACCUCAGUAGCGAGUGCGAAAGCAAGUGACCCAAAAUAAUGGUUUCCAUUCUCACGUGUGAGGGUAUCGUGCGAUAAUAUAUGCGCCCUCACGCCUUGACAUUGCACGUACUCAUGCGCAGCAGUUGGAACGUUUCUUGUUCCUCCUUCGCCGUAAGACACGGUCUAGGUGUGCAGCGGAGAGAGAAUCCAUCUGCCUUGUGUACCCCCUCGCAUUGUUUCGCUAUCGCCCUAAAAACAAACGCACCACAGUACUAUUAAUACUAUGUUCGCGCCAUCGUGUCAAUGAAAUUAUUAGAAAUGAGUAAGACCUGAGACUACACGAUUAGGAUGUUUCUUCACUGAAGUUCUGAUCGAUAGCGACUCCUCCGUUGGGUUCCUCAGUCAUCGCUCACCGAGUUGUCCAGUGGAAUAACAUUUUCGAUCAAACGAUGUGAACGCGGUAUCGAUUCCCAGCUACAUGGUACAACGUUCGGCAACCUGUUUAGCUCCAACUAGACUUUUCCAGCAGCGCAUGGCACCGUGUAUGGCGGUGAGUCCGGCCUAGGAGAUCAAUGCCAGAGCUUGGAGGGCCAAGGGGCCCAAGGCACACCUGGUGACGGUCAACGCUACUACUACUCAACGAGUC